AUGGUGAACCUAUCCACUAGGCGCAGGAUAGGGUCUCACCUCUUUCUAGGCAUAUACCGUGACUUCAAUAUGUAUGAAUUUGUCGCCCCUCCUCGCAUCCAACACGUAGUCCCCCCGGUGGAACAGUCAAUCGGCACCCGCUCACCCAUUUCCCCAAAUUGUACUAGUGUACUGAAACACAUGAGCGAUCCACUUAACUUUCUAAACGGAAACGUCCACACUUCCCACGUAUCUAUCGAUGAUAUUACUCCACAUAACAAAAUACUAAGGGGAUCUGGCCUUCAUGGCCCUGAACGUCUUGAUGUAUUUCGAUUAGUGCUGUUCAAUAGACUAAAACAGAAGAAACCAAUUCGCGAGAUCCCCUCUGACUAUGAGACAAAAGAUGACUUUCGCAUUGAAACAUGUGUUUAUUGGUUUUGCUGGGGAAUUUUUGUCUCUUUCACUUCCAUGGUUUUGAUUGCCAGGCACUAUUUACCCGUGCUAGGCCAUCAUCCCUGGAUCAAAUCAAGGACUGACGGUUCGCUGGGUCCUGGACCCCAAUUCUGGAUCAUGGAAUGA